CAACAACAUGGGCCUCCCCGACCUCCUCAGCAAGGACAAGGCCAAGGCUGACAAGCUCCCGCCGCUACUGCAUGCGGCCGAGCUGAUCAAGAGCGGCAAGGCCAAGAAGGUUGCCGUGCUCGCCGGCGCGGGCAUCUCGACGUCCGCCGGCAUCCCCGACUUCCGCUCGCCCGGCACGGGGCUGUACGAUAACCUCCAGGCUCUGGACCUGCCGUACCCCGAGGCCGUGUUCGACGUCAACUACUUUGAGGUCCGGCCAGAGCCAUUCUGGACGCUGGCCAAGGACCUCUACCCGGGCAAGUACUACCCCACACCGACACACUACUUCCUGGCGCUGUUACACGCCCGCGGCGUCCUCCAGCGCGUGUGGACUCAGAACAUUGACACGCUCGAGACGGCCGCCGGCGUGCCCGAGGACUUGGUGCUGGAGGCCCACGGGUCCUUCAGGAAUGCACACUGCCUGCGCUGCAGCCGUCCCUCGAGCACCGAACACGUUGUGUCGUCUGGCGUGCGGCACGGGCACGUGGUGCGCUGCUCGCACAACUCGUGCAACGGGCUCGUGAAGCCUGACAUUGUCUUCUUUGGCGAGGGGCUCCCCGACGACUUCUUCCGGCUGCAGAGGGAACUACGCGACUGCGACCUUCUCAUCGUCCUGGGCACGUCCCUCCAGGUGAUGCCGUUCGCGGGGCUCGUCAACGCCGUGGGCAGCGACGUCCCCCGCGUGCUGAUCAACCGCGAGGCUGUUGGCGCCUUCGCGCGCCUGAAGCACAACAAGAGCAAGGGACGGGACCACCUGUACCAGGGCGACACGGACGAGGCAGCGCGUAUCAUUGCUCGCGAGCUUGGCUGGGAGGAGGAGCUUGACAAGCUGAUUGAGGAUGGCCGGAAGGAGCUCGAGAAGACGUGGAAGGAACGCGAAGGAUUGGCCAAGGCCAAGGGGGAGAAGGGUGCCAAGGGUACUGCUGGCAAGAAGGAGGAGGCCAAGAAGGCAGCAGAGACCAAGGCGGAGGACAAGGUAUCACCAGCAGCCAAGAAGGACGAUGUCCAGCCCGCUGGCAAGGACAAGAAGGACGCGAAGCCGGACGCCGACAAGGAUGUGGACGCGCUCGCCGACGCGGUGGCCAAGGUCGAAGUAUCCCCCAAGCCCAAGGUAUGAGCAUGUAGCUAGCUCGUCCUUGGGAAUAGACAACGUUGUAUUGUAUCGAUCUUCUUAUGGAUGCUG